UAAAGCAGCUGGAUGCUGGGGGACCAGUUUGUUGUGGUGGCCAACAUGGACUAUGUUCCAGGGUGUCUUUCAAGAAGUGCCUCACUUGGCUUCAUGGGUGCUGACUCAUCCCUUCGAGGGAUAAUGUUGCCAGGAGCUGUGAAGUAUUCUAGUUGUGGACAUUUUGGGUGCUGGGCAGUCAACAAGAAUGAUGAUAUCUACUUAAUGAGUUUGAAUCAAGACUGCCAAAACAACGGGUGGAGUCACAUUGACGGCAAGCUUUCCAUGAUUGAGGUGGCAACUGAUGGUAGUGUCUUUGGGGUCAACUCUGCAGGCCAAGUUUAUACCAGAGACGGCAUCACAGCCAGUAAACCAGAGGGCACUGGAUGGAGCAAUAUCCCAAUGUACUUGCCAAUGAAGCACGUGACCUACGACCUGGGCCGUCUUUGGGUCAUCUCCAAGUCUGGAGUCACCAUGGUGUGCACACAUUAGCCUCUCCUCUGCAUCUGAAGGACGUUCGGGAUCUGACAAGCUCACUUGCUAACUCAUUGAUGAUCUCUGCCUGGAACAAUCUCAAUUCUCAACAUUAAUUCACAAGAAUCCUUCAUUUUAAAACCUAUUGCUCUAACUAUAUUGUCAGUACUUUAUCUCUAUCAAUAGUAAACACUGAUCUUAAUGAUAUUAUAAAGAAUUUAUCAAUGAUGUUUUCUUACACAAUUUGACAAGCAACAGCGUUAUAAAAGUGUAAUAUUGAUCAACACUUCAAUUGAGCUUUGCCAUGGCUGCUAUUUGAUCGAAGUGUAAACUUGGGCAUGGUCACGAUCCACAUGGGUUUUGCUGUGCUUCAGAGGUCAUCAAUAGGAUUGAAUGGAAUCCUUGUCAUUAUAUAAUCAUUUCCUGCAAAUAAAGCAUUAAUUUUGAAACUCA